ACUGUAGCUACAUUGUUGUAAAUAAAUUUCAGGCCACCAAUCCGUAUCUCACUGGAGUACCACAAGUUGGUAGUACAUACAGUCCGUAUUUUGCACCAGGCCCAAUAAUGCCAACGAUAGUAGGUCCGGACCCUACUGGUGUUGGUUCGCCACUUGGAGUUGUACCUCAAACUGUGGUUACGCAACAAAAAAUGCCUCGCUCUGACAGACUGGAGGUAAGUUUUGUUUGCCGCGAGUUCCAGCGCGGGGCGUGCAAGCGCGCUGAGUCCGAGUGCCGCUUUGCGCAUCCCGCCGACUCAGUAACGGCCAACGAGGACGGCACUGUCACUGUGUGCAUGGAUGCAGUCAAGGGCCGCUGCAACCGCGACCCCUGCCGCUAUUUCCAUCCCCCUCUGCACCUUCAAGCCCAAAUCAAGGCCGCACAGUCGCGGGCUAGCGCGCCCGCUGCAGUGUCGCCCUUAAUGGCGCCCCAGACAGCUACCACCCUCGAAAUUGGCAAGAAGAGGCCCCACGAGCCUAGCACCGCCGACACAGAUUUAUUACUGAUGGACAUGAAAUCUAUGGGCUCGUUUUAUUAUGACAAUUUUGCCUUUCCUGGAAUGGUCCCUUACAAAAGGCCAGCAGCUGAUAAAUCAGGCGUGCCAGUGUAUCAACCGAACGCUACAACAUACCAGCAAUUAAUGCAGUUACAACAGCCUUUCGUGCCCGUUUCAUGUGAGUACUCGGUUUCUCCCUCGCCAGCUCCCGCUACUUCCAAUGCUUCUCCAGCAGCUACUGACACCUCCCAGUUACCUCAAUCUUCCUCACAAGUAGCUCAGACUAAAGAGGACGAUGCUAAUACUAUUCCCGCUUCGACAUCUGUCACAAUUCCGCCUCCAUCCAUACCCGAUCCGGCAACGCUGGCCAAAGAAGUUGCUCAGCAAAACUACGCUAAAGCUGUUAAAUUAGCCGCUGCUAACUCCUCACUGACAACUAAUCCAUUAAAUCACUUGAAUCCUCUAAAUUAUACUGGAAUUGCUUUGAACAAACAGGCUGUGGGUAUAACUUCGGCCCAGGCCGCUGCUGCCGCUGCCGCUGCAAGUUUUCCACGAUUUCCGGCUCUUCCUGUAGGUAUAGGUACAGCUAGCACCGGUCUGAAUCAUCUCGCUUUUAAUCCCUACAACGCUUACGCUCAGACCACGAAUUUGCUGAAUUUUGCCCGCGCCCCCCAGGCAGCUGCUACAGCAGUUUUCAAUCCGUAUUCUUUUAUUCGUGCCCCCUUUCCGGUCACCACCACCCACUCCCAGUUUGUUGCCCCUAACAUGCUAACAACCGGACAAUAUCCGGUGUCCGUAGCAGCCGCCGGCGUAACGCAAACUAUGACUCCCACCAUUAAUAAUGUUCCUCCGCCGCCUACACAUAUUGCCGCCGCAGCCGCCCAAAAUAAUAACAACUCUGUUGUUCCGCCGUACAAAAAACUCAAAACGUCUUAAAUGGCCGAGUGAAUUUAUACAUAAACACAAACUAACUGUUGUACAUACAUACAUAUACAUGAAUAGUUAUUGUAUACAUAAAUACCUAAGGAUAGGCUGUUAAGGAUAUGCAAAGUGCAUUUUCCUAAAUAUAUAGAAUAUGAAAAGGACAUACCUACAUUCUAGGUUUAAUUACUAUCUAUAACAAUGGCAUUUUUAUUGAAACCGCUAUCGUGGACGAUUCGAAUCGACACGCACACUGCAAACGUAUUUUUAACCGUGUUUUCAAUUCCUCUUAUAUAUAUUUAUAGAGAUAUCAUACAAAUAAAUCACAUUACACAGUUUUUCUAAUCAGGCAUAACGAAAAUGGAUGUAUUUUUAUCAAGGGUAGUUUUCUUUCUUAAUAAAAGCGAUUGAAUUGAUAUAUUGUUUCACGUAAUAAUAA